AUAUUUCUAGCCAUAUAAACAAAGAGGAGAAUGUAGAAUGUAGGGAGUAAAAAUAAUUUCAAGGAAAAUGUUUUUUGAAAUUACUCUUUUAUUGGAAAAAUCUCAAAAAAUUUAUGAAAAAUAUAUUUCGUGAAAAUGUCUUUUUUUCCUAAAAAUGAGUUUAUAAAAAAAUUCCAAAACUUUGUUUGGAUAAAAAAAAAAUGGGUGUACACGAGGGUUUAUGAAAUUGAGUUCUAAGAAAUCUUCUUGAUUUUCUUGAAUGUGCACGAGGAUUUUGCAGAGUUUCAGAAAAUGUUAGAAAUCGUCGAGCAGGACUUGCAAUACUUUCUUUUGAACCAAAUUUUCAGAAUAAUUUUGGCGAUUCUGACAAAAUUCGCUCAAAUCUCCGGCUCAAUCACUGUUGCCUACCAACUGUUCUACAUAUCACAAUUAGUAUAGGUAUGUUUUUGCCCACCAACUGUUCUAUAAAUUGUCACUUCAGAAAAUUUGUUAUCGUUCCACUAUACAAUUAACAUGCAACUAUUCUGCAUUUUUAUUGGUUUGGACUCGAAUGAACACACUUAAAACACCUGGCUACAUGUCCUCAAAGUUGUUAAAAUGCCCUACUGACUACUGGUUUCACAUUCAAGUACCUUAAAGUAGUAACAUGGCGGUCGUGUUUACGGAAAAGGUCAUAGAAUUUCUCAUAUUUGUGCUUGGACAUUCUCCGUUGCUUGAGGCCAUGUGUGUUGCACCUGCUUACAGUGGACAAAAGAAUAUGAUUAACAAAGUGGUUUUCGAAGAGCUUCUCGACAAAUUGACAACAUACUCUGGCUACGCAUCUUAUGCAUGUCCUUCCCCCUUUGUUCUUAGCUGCAGUGACAAGAAUUACAAAUUGGUCACCGGAUUUGGCAGAAGAGAGAGAAAGGUCUAGAUUGAGUUGGCAAGAAGAUUAAGUUAAAAUAAUGUGGUAUUGGGGUGGAACCGGAGAGUCCUUAUUGGUUGAAGAGAAUAAUAAUGAUUUAUAGGUGAAUGAAGUUGUUGUCUGCAGAGGCGUAGUUGUGGUUUGUAUUUGAAAUGUGUUUAUAUUUGAAAUGAAGUUAUUGCUUAAUGCCAUUUUCUUUUCUUUCUUUUUUCCUUUUUCCAUUCCCCUGUUUUUUAUCUAGUGGGCUGAUCAGAGCCUUUUAUUCUUUCUGAUCCAAUGAUUGUAGUUGGUUUCUAUUGCUGAUGGGCCCUAUAUAUACAAAAACAUAUCAUCCUCUCCCAUUCGGAUGGCGGCCGCCCCCUCCCUUCUUUUCCUGUUUCUCAGAUUAUUGCACCGCAUACGAAGAUUACUACCUUCAGUCUCUGGUAUACUCUUUUACUUCUCUUUUGCUUUAAUAGGUAAUUGCUUCGUUUGGUAGACUUGUGGUGGAUACACAAUGAUUUGCUCGCGUGGCUGUUGCUUGUCAACUGUUUCAGAAGUCAUAACUUCGUGUUCUCUUUUUGUUAAAAUGCACAACGGUGUUCGGAAAAACUCUCCUGAGCAUUUUGGUUUUUAUUUCCCCGUCGCAAAUUUGGUAGCUAAAUCCCAUGUCCGCCUUUGAUAUAGUUUAAUCAACUCCGUUAAUAUACUGCAUCAUAUUACACUUUUGUAAAUCUUUUAGAAAUUAAUCGUUCAGCAUACAUUAAUACCCGACCCAUCAAAUGACCAACCUAGUUAAUUUAUCAUUUUUAUCAUUUCCCCAAUUUCAAAUUAAGGUCUGUGCGUGUACAAUGUACAUAGUUUAUUCACAUAUUAGAGAAUUUAUCCCUAUAGUUUAUUCCCAUAUUAGAGAAUUUAUCCCUUUUUUUAUGCUGUAGUCCUUAGUUUAUAGUCGAGUUGAAUAAUUAUUGACGGCAGAUGCCUAAUUGAAAGGCGGACAUGAUGUUCAGCAACCAUUUUGCAUUACUUAAAAAUAACUUAUCAAACUGUAAGUGAUAUUUCAACCAAUCUGUAAGUCUAUCAAUCUUAUCAUUAGAUUCUUCCACGAUAAUAGGAUAGAAGUAGAACUAACAAGUAUAGGAUUACGGAAAUGGCCUCUGCUUCUGGAAUUAGAGGUAAGGCUGCGUACAUCUUAUCCUUCCCAGACCCUCUUCUCAUAGGUACAUUUGCUUUGGUUUUCAUUGGUUUUUGAUUACAGGCUAUUCUUUACAAAUUGAAGUAAGGCUGCGUACAUCUUAUCCUUCCCGGACCCUCUUCUCAUAGGGUUUUCCAGGGAUAUUAAAUGGGUGAAUUCUCAAGGAAAGAUUAUAUCAGUCAUCUGCCUCAAAGCAUUAUUGAAACCAUCCUAGCAAAAGUCCCAACAAGAGAUGCCGUUAGAACCAGCAUCUUGUCUAAAAAGUGGAGGUAUCAGUGGGCUACCAUGACACAGCUCGUACUUGACGAAGAAUAUAUGGGUUUUUCUGGCUACAGAAAUGUUUCUAAGAAUAAAAUUUUAAGAUUUAUCGUGCGAUAUUUUUUACUUCAUGACGGCCCAAUUCAUAAGUUCAAAAUAUCUACUUUAUACUCCAUAAGUUCUACUGAGAUGGAUACAUGGCUACUUUUCCUAUCAAGGAAAGAUAUAAAGGAGUUGCUUCUUGAGGUGUGGCAGUCCAGAAACUAUUGGAAUUCUCAGUCCAGAAACUUUUGGAAUUUCCGCACACCUUCUUGUAUAUUUUCUUGUCAAAAACUGACCAGAUUGAAGCUUUAUCGGUUUAAAGUGGAGCCUCCUUUGGGAUUUCAAGGAUUUCCCUGUUUGAAGUACCUAAACCUUUUUGGCGGCGAGGUUACUAUUGAGGUUAUUGAAAACCUUAUAACAGGUUGCCCUCUGCUUGAGAAGUUUAAAUUUAGUAAUGGAGACAAUCUAGCUUUGACCGUCUGCUCCCCAAAUCUGAAGCAUCUUACUGUGAGAGGGAUAUUUAAAUACAUAUAUCUUGAGCAUACUCCGUCUCUGGUUCAUUUAAUAUUAGACUUCACUUCACUGCAAUGGGAAGAUAGUGUGCCUGUGAGAGUUCCAGUAACACAUAACUGUCUAAAGGUUAUUUCGCUUAGGGAAAUAAAUUUUGAAGAGAUGAAGCAAGUCUCGUAUGUUCGUCAGUUGCUUUUGCAGUCUCCUAAUCUGCAAGAACUUCAUAUACUAGCUGGAGACUUUAAAUGUCUUAAUCAUCAGAAUGCUGCUGGUAUGGAUUUUUGGGAGAGAGAAUUUCCUACUGAUUUCACCUUCAAGCACCUCAAAAUAGUAAAUAUGGAUUACUCGUGCAGCAGAAUCGACAUAGCAUUCCUCAUAUUUGUGCUUGGACGAUCCCCAGUGCUUGAGAAGAUGUGCAUCAAACUUGAAUCUUUUGAUGAUAUAUCAGAUGCUGAAUUGUCGCGUCUUCAACAAGCUUCUGCCAAUAUCCAACUGCAUUUGUUUGACUAGUCAUCUUUAUCCAUGUCUUUGUUUCACUAGUCAUCUUAUCGCAGCAUUUCCUUUCUUUUGCAAAUUAUGGAUUUCAGAAGACUUUCAGUUCUUGUGGAUGUAUAACUAUAUUACCUGCUAUUUUACUCCUUUUGUACAAACAAGGGAGUUAUUUUAUUUUUUAUUCUUAUA